GAGGCCGACGUCACCCCUGCCAGCGGAGGAGUGGAUGGCCUCUGUAAUAAAAAUACAUGAAGAGGAUUGAGGAAAAGAAGAAGAUUGGCCGGGGGUGAAAACGCAGCAACACGGCGUCUGUGUCUUUCCUUCGCAUCCCACCUCCCGAGCCAUGGACGCGAACUGCCUUUGAGGCGAACGGGGACACGCUGCGGCCGCGGCAUCGAGAGCUCCGGCCGAAAUGCUACGUUAUGUGUGGCUUUUCUUGGGUUCUGGAGCAGACAGAGAGAGAUAACUGUACUGUAUCCCAGCCUAGCGGAUUGGAGUGAAAGUCCGCCAUAUUCCGCCUUACCACGCCCGGGAGUCGAGCCACUGGAAAAUAAACGGACAGCUUCGCUCUCGUGUUUUUCGCCCCGUCGCCCUCCUCCGCGACGAGAACUUGGACACGGGAGAUUUUGCUGAUUUGGGAAAAAAAAAAAAAAAAUAGCAACAUUGAAGACUUCGAAGAGAGGGUGGCCGGGCACGGAUGGCAACGCUUAACGAGAUCACACAGAGCAGCACGGAGGAUGUGUCUUAAAAGGAUCUGUUGAUCAUAUUGAGAAGGGGGAAAGCCGAUUACACCAAUUAAGAUCGCACAGAUAUUCAACUCAAACCGCUUUGGACACUAUUUUGAAGCUGUCGGAAACCCCAGAAAUCGAAACGAAACGCGGGGAGGGGGUGGGGGGGGUUCAAUCAUUUCUCUAACAUCUCAUUUUCCUCUCCACCACAAUCUGUGCGCCGUUCAGGCUCAUUAUAAGGGCGUCCACGCGUUAUUUCACCGCAAGUAGGCCUGUAUGAGGACGUUAUUUGGCAUUCACAGGCCUCUGUUUUGGUUUUUUGGGGGGGUUUUUUCUACCCCGACGAAUUUGAUAUCUGGAUGAGUCAGUGAGAGGAAAAAGCGGAAAAGUGCGUGUUUGAAAAAAAGAAAAAAGGAAAAAAAAAAAAAAAAGGAGGAGAGAAUGACCCUGGAAUCCAUAAUGGCGUGUUGCCUCAGCGAGGAGGCGAAAGAAGCCCGGCGGAUCAACGACGAGAUCGAAAGGCAGCUCCGCCGGGAUAAGAGGGACGCACGCCGAGAGCUGAAACUGUUGCUUCUCGGCACUGGUGAGAGUGGGAAGAGCACAUUCAUCAAACAGAUGAGGAUUAUCCACGGCACCGGUUACUCUGAUGAAGACAAAAGGGGUUUCACCAAACUGGUCUAUCAGAACAUCUUCACAGCCAUGCAGGCCAUGAUCCGAGCCAUGGAGACGCUCAAGAUCCCCUACAAAUACGAGCAUAACAAGGGUAACGCCAACGUUGUGAGAGAGGUGGACGUAGAAAAGGUUACCGUGUUCGAGAAUCCUUACGUAGAUGCAAUCAAGAGCUUAUGGAAUGACCCGGGCAUCCAGGAAUGUUAUGAUCGAAGGAGGGAAUACCAGCUCUCAGACUCCACUAAAUAUUACCUGAACGCGUUGGACCGAGUCGCCGACCCAUCCUAUCUGCCCACCCAGCAGGACGUGUUGAGGGUUCGAGUCCCAACCACAGGCAUCAUUGAAUACCCGUUUGACCUGCAGAGUGUCAUAUUCAGGAUGGUGGAUGUUGGCGGUCAGAGGUCGGAGAGGAGGAAGUGGAUCCACUGCUUUGAGAACGUCACUUCCAUCAUGUUCCUGGUAGCGCUCAGCGAGUACGACCAGGUUUUGGUGGAAUCAGACAAUGAGAACCGGAUGGAGGAGAGUAAAGCUCUGUUUAGGACAAUUAUCACAUACCCCUGGUUCCAAAACUCCUCAGUCAUUCUGUUCCUGAACAAGAAGGACCUUUUGGAGGAGAAGAUCAUGUACUCUCAUCUGGUUGACUACUUCCCAGAGUAUGAUGGUCCGCAGAGGGAUGCCCAAGCAGGGCGAGAGUUUAUCCUCAAGAUGUUUGUGGACCUGAAUCCAGACAGUGAUAAGAUCAUCUACUCUCACUUCACCUGUGCCACUGACACAGAGAACAUCCGUUUUGUCUUUGCGGCCGUCAAAGACACCAUCCUGCAGCUCAACCUAAAGGAGUACAACCUGGUGUAGAGCGGAGCAGGGCUGCCGAGUGGAGGCCCCCAGCACACACUGACUGACGCAAUCUGUGAAAAGAUAGAUCAUACACACACACACGUGAAAAAAAAAAAAAAUAUGCGAAAAAAAAUCUAAUGGUUGCAUAAUACUAAUUUAUUUGCCAUUUGUUGAUCUCUUGGUUCCCAAGGGGUGAGCAAAGUAAAUGUUCUCUUGCUAUUU